AUGUCCAACGCAACAGACCCCGACCGCCCAGUGGCCGAGGCCAUCGCCGGCCACGUAUCCUCCGUGCUCGACCGCGCUGACAUCCAUCAUAUUCUCUGGGGUCAACUGGCCUUUGUUGUCUACGGUGCGAAGUUCUCCUGCAACAAUAUUGACUUCGUCGUGCAAGAAGCUGACAUGACCCGGGCAGUCAACAACCUACUCACCGCGGACUUUGUGCCCGUGACGGACAAUGCUCGCUGCAGCUACUAUCGAAUCCCUGCGGAGUCGCAUCACGAGAAGGUCUUCCACGUCGACACUGCCAACAUCAAUGGGGAGCGGACCCACUUCGACGUGCGCUUGUUCCCCAUGCGCUGGGCGCUCCCCGGCAAUCGCGAGAUCGGCUACCGUGUCAUAUUCGACCACCUGGCGCGGCGCGAUCUGAUCCUGGCCACCGAUGAACGGCUUCCGGGAGCCUUCCGGCACGAGCGGUACCCCGUGCGCAUGCUCGGCCCCGUCCAUUACCUCCAGUCGAUGCUCGCGCGUUAUCUGACUGCGGGCUGGGGGCGGACGCUCAUCCGGCGAUUCGGGGUGGAGUGUAUCGAGCCCCUCCUCGUGGAAGAAUUCACGGAGGAGGGCUUCGAUGCCACCCUGAUGCACUCUGCUUACGAGAUGAUGUAUAGCGCCAUCAUGACAAUAGACGAUGAGGAUGAACUGAAGCCGGUGGCCAUGCAGGUUCGGGCAGAGUUUUGGCCUGAAUCGUGA